AUGGACAGAGCAGACUCUCUGAUGACUGUGCAUCUUCUCGCCAAUGCGGGACACUCGUUGCUUCUGCAGCAGACUCUGGAUCAGCUUUUGGAGUGGAUCUGCCCGGACGUUCGCCUUUUUCUGGUGUCGGAGCGAGUUACUCCAUUGAAAUACUACGAGAGCUACCGUAAGAGAAGCUGCGGCUUUCCCGGAAUAUCUGUUCUCCUUUUUCUACACGAGGACUUGGGGGAAGAACGUAUUUUCCAGGUCCAUGAGCAGUUCCAGCGUCCGCCCUGGCGCUAUCAGUGUGCCCAGGUUGCUGGUGGGCAAAGCCACCCCUAUGCCCCAGCUCACCAGGACUUCUACAGCCUGGAUGACCGGAUGCCUGUGUGGGGCAUCAGGCGGGUGCACUGUGGCCCCGAAAUCCUGCGUGUCACCCUCUAUUGCAGUUUUGACAACUACGAGGACGCAGUGAGGCUCUACGAGAUGAUCCUACAGAAAGAAGCCGCUUUGCAGAAAAGCAACUUCUGCAUCUUCGUGCUGCGCUCGACCCAGCACGCUGCCGUGCAGCUCUGCCUGAAGCAGCUGCCCGUCGGGGUGGCCGCCGAGCCGAAGGACUCCUCGGCCUUGCAGUUCAGGGUGCAGGAGAUGGGGCAGCUGGUGCCUCUCCUGCCUAACCCCUGCGUUCCCAUCAGUAGCACCAGGUGGCAAACCCAAGACUACGAGGGAAAUACGAUUCUGCUCCAAGUUCAAGACAGCUCCAGGCCCCGUGAACCAAAUGUGGGGGUUUCCCAUCAGCGUAAUAAUGCAGGCAGUGAGAAAAUCCUGCUGGACUCUGUCCCAGCCCCUCUCCCUGGAAAGCAGUGUAAUACUGGGUGGAGAAGCCAGGAGGCCAGAGCCACGAAAGGUAAAGCCAAACCUGACCAA